AUGGCGACGCGGGUGUGCGAGAGCCCGGCGCUGCGGCGGCUGCUGCGGGGACCCUGCCUGGCCCUGAGCGGAGCCCGUUCAGUUAGGGGAUACUCCAGGGACAGCGAGGGCAGCUGGUUCCGCUCACUCUUUGUCCACAAAGUGGAUCCCCGAACGGACGCUCAUUCCACACUCUUGUCGAAGAAAGAAACCAGCAACCUGUACAAGAUCCAGUUUCACAAUGUGAAGCCCGAAUGCCUGGACGCUUACAACAGCCUGACGGAGGAGGUGCUGCCCAAGCUGCACUCAGACACUGAUUACCCUUGCGACCUGGUUGGGAACUGGAACACGUGGUACGGAGAGCAGGACCAGGCAGUGCACCUGUGGCGUUUCUCCGGCGGGUACCCGGCCCUCAUGGACUGUAUGAACAAACUGAAACAGAACAAGGAGUACCUGGAGUUCCGCAAGGAGAGGAGUAAAAUGCUGCUGUCUCGCAGGAACCAGUUACUCCUGGAAUUCAGUUUCUGGAAUGAGCCUUUGCCCCGGGUCGGGCCCAACAUCUACGAGCUGAGAACGUACAAACUAAAGCCAGGGACCAUGAUCGAGUGGGGGAAUAACUGGGCUCGAGCCAUUAAAUACCGUCAGAAAAACCAGGAAGCUGUGGGCGGGUUCUUCUCCCAGAUUGGAGAGCUCUACGUGGUUCAUCACCUCUGGGCCUACAAGGACCUACAGUCCCGAGAGGAGACAAGGAACGCGGCCUGGAGGAAGCGAGGCUGGGAUGAGAAUGUGUACUAUACAGUCCCCCUGGUUCGGAACAUGGAGUCUCGGAUCAUGAUCCCCCUGAAGAUCUCUCCCCUCCAGUGA